AUGUAAUAUAUUUUUAUUUAAAAUAAUAUAGAUAAAGAUUAAAUAAAUAUAGGUAAAAUAGACUUAAAUAAAGAAAUUACAAAAACUUCAAGUUGUUUAGAAUUUUUCGUUAUUUUACUUUCAAAUAAUCUUUCAUUGCCUGUUAAAUAAACAAUCAGUCUUUUUACUAAUAAUAAUAAAUAUUUAGCAUAUCUUUUUGCAAAAGGAGUAAAGAGUUUAUUUGAUCCUAUAAUAUAAUUUUAUUAAGAAGUUUAUAUGAAUAUUCCUCAUUUAAUAAAGCUUUUUAAUGAAGACAAUACCCGAUAAAACAUAACUUUUACUAUGAAUUGUUUGAAACCCGGAAUUAUAAGUAAAAAUAUAGAAGUAUCUUCUUGGACAGCUCGUUUGUUUUCUAAAAUGGGAUUCGAAUUAGCAGAUACUAAUUUGUUUUCUACUUGCUGGGAUUGGUUUAUUAGCGAACAUGGUGGCUUAUAAACUUGUUUAUUAGGAUUAAAAAGACAUCCUGAUUUAAAAGAACUUAUUCUUAGUGUUUUAUUAUAGUUUGCAAAGUUUAAUUUUGUCGAGUUAUUUACAAUUUUUAUGAAAAGAGUAUAAGUUGAUUCAAAGGAUCUUAUUUCUGUUUAUUUCUAGAUAUUAAAACCUUUAACAUAAUCUGAUUUAGCAAAAGAAGAAAUGUUAAGUACUGGCAUUUUAGAUGAAUGGAUUGAUUAAGCCAUAUAGUAUGCCGAAGAAGAUUAUAAAAAUAUUGGUGAUACUAGGAUUAUUUCAUUACAAUUUAUAGGCGAAGUAUGGAUUUUAUUUCCUUUUAAAAUUGAAGAAAAUGAGAAUCGUUAUUAAAUGAUUCUUUCUUUGUUCACAAAUGCUUCCAAAUCGAAAAUUACUUCGUUAAUAAUAAGUUGUUUGACGGUUCUUUUUGAACUUCUGGAUCAAUUUGCUACUUUAAAAAGUCCAUCUGCACCUAAUAUAUACCGUAUAUUGACUUUAAGCUUAAUUGAAAAUCACUAAAAUAUUCAGAUUAGGGAGUUUAUGUUAUAUAACUUUAUUUAAAUAUACUCUAAUGUUGAAAAUAUUCCUUUUAAUAUUCUUUUAGAACCUUUAAUUAGGUAAAUAUAAGUGAGUGAGAAUAUUACUUAUUUUUAUAAUGUCAUUGAUUUUGAGUUUUUUAAUUUUAUUUGCUAAAACGAGAAAUUAUAAUUUAAAAAUGCAAUUUAAAUUUUAGAUUUGCUUUUUAAAAUUUACCUAAAUAAUGUUGUUUUUGCGAAUUCUGCGUUAUUUAUAAUUUUAAGUUUAAUAAAAAAAUAUAUUGAAAAUGAGACUUUAAAUGAAUUUUUGAUUAAAUUUGUAAAGGUUGCAUUAGCAAUGUUUUAUGCAAGUGAAAAAAAAAAAAAACCAAAAGAAAAAAAUCUUCCUUUAUAUAAUAACAAAAGUCCGGCAUAAAAUGUGAAUAAUUUACUCCCUGUAGAAAUCGAUAACGAAAUCUUUUAAGCUUAAAAAAGGGCCCAGAUCAUAUAAAUUAUUAAAAGUAUAGUAUAGUUAAAUAAUAUGGAGAUUAAUGAGAAGAUUAUGCCAUUGGUUGCUCAUACUAAUAUCUAAAUUAAAGUUUUUAUGUAACAUAAUUGUAAAGGAAUGCUUUCUAUUCUUUAAUAUUUUGGAGAUCCUGAGUAAAUAUUAGAGAAAUAUGAAAUUGAAUAUAAAGAACAUUAAUAGCAAUUAUUAAAGGAAGAAAAAGAAAGAAAAGAAAUAGAAGAUUAAAAUUAAAAUUAUAAUAAUUUGGAUAUAGAAUAAUAAGAUAUACUUAAAUCAGUUGAAAAUAAUAUAAAAAAAUACGCACUUUUAAGAAAUCCAAAAGCAGACCCUAAAAUUUUAAAAAAUUUAAUAGAAAUAAAAAAUAAUUUUAUUAAUAAAUAAGAAAUGAAAUAAUUAAAAGCUUAAUAAGAAUUAGAUGAUUUUGGGAAUAAAAAAGAUACUUUAAGGAAAAUAUUAAUUAAAAGAAGUUUAGAAUAAGGAGUUGCUAGUUAUAAUUAAAGAGACGUUGAAGCAAAAAUAUUAUUUGAAUAUGGUUCUAGAUAAAAACAAUUAAAAAGAGAAAAUAAUACGGGAUUAUAUUAAAUAUAAUACAUUGAUUUAAAUUUAGAAGAAGAAAGGGAUAAAAAUAUGAUAUAAAUAAUACUCAGAAGAUACCAUAAAGUUCUCAAAAACAUAUUUGUUAAAUAUUCAAAUUCAGGUUUUUCGGUUUAAUUUACUAAUUAAAAUAUAAAUAGCUUUGAUAAUAUUAAAUAACAUAGUUCUAUGAUUAGUGUACCAGAAAUAUAUUAAUUUGUUAAAUAUUAUGAAUUUUCAGAUUUAUUAUCUAAUGAAGAACAUAAAGUUUUAGUAAGAUUAGUGGCAACAAAAGGAAAUAGAAAAUUAUUAAAAAAAAAUAUAGAAAAUAUAAGCUAGGAAAAAAUAUAAGAAGAAAAAUAAAAAUAAAAUAUGUUUGAAAAAAAUAGUUAAAAAAAUCAAUGGAAUUAUGCGAAAAACGAUAUUAAAGAUGUUAAAGCAUUCGAUUUUUUUGGUUUUUAAGAUUAUAUUGUAUAAUUAUCGAGUUAUAUAUAUACUAAAUUGCCUAAUGAUUUUAGACAUUUACCUUUAAAUUGUUCACUAUAGAAACUUUUUGACCAUAUGAGAUUUGUUACUAAAAAUAAAAAUAAAAAUACUGCUUUAUUUGAUGAUCCGGAUAAUUAAUAUUUCGGAGAAAGUGAAGUUAUUAAAGAAUAUAAUAAAAAACUUUAAUAAAAUCCUGAUUAUCCUUUACCAAAAGGAUAUAAAAAAAUAAAAGAAAAAUAAUUAAAAUUUGAUUAUAAUAUAGAUAAGUAAGGAAAUAUACCAAUAAAAGAAUCCUUUAAAUAUGCCUAUAUAUUUUUAAAUGAGCUUUUAAAUGAAAAACUAGGUUUUCAUUUAAUUGAACCAAAAUCUAUAAUUAAAGAAGUUGUAAAAGCAUAGCCUAUAAUAUAAUAAAUUAUAGAAGUAGAAGCACAUUAUUUAGAUCAUUUUAAAUAUCCAGAAACAUGUGGGAAAAAAUAAAUAAAAAGUAUUAAUUAAAGUAUGUAAAUAGAUAAUUAAGGGCCUAAAGACAGUACAAAAUCUUUACCAAGUACUUUAUAUGGAUAAAAAAAAUACAGUGAUAAGAGAGUGUUAGAAAUUGAUUCUUUGCAUAAUCUAAAUUUAACAAUGAAAUUAGUUAUUUCAUAAUAUAGUUAUAAAGAUAAGUAUACUGCAGAACAAUGUGCUUUUUGUUUAGAUGAUGUUAUAAAAGCUGUUGAGAAUAAAAAAGAUAGUGUAUCUAGAUAUAGAAAAUUUGAUAAGUAAAGUAUAAAGGAAGAAUAAGAAGAAGAAGAAGAAGAAAAACAUAAAAAAAAAAGCUUAGAAAAAAGAUUAAAAAAUCAUGAAUUUAUUUAAAUGAGGGCAAAAGAAAUAUAAUAAUAGAACGAACUUUUGGAAAAAGAUAAAAAAGAAAAGGAAAAUAAAAUCAAAUAAUAAAAAGAAAUAUAGGAAAAAAAAUGGGUUGAGGAUAAUAAUAAAUUCUGGUAAUAAAAAAAAGAAAGUUAUGAAAAAUUAAAAGCUAAAAAAAUCGAAGAUGAAAAAAGAAUAUUGGAAGAAUUAUAUAAGAAAUAAUAAGAAGAAAAAGAUAAAAAAGAAAAGGAAUUUCAAGAAUUUAAUAAAAAUCAAAUUAUUAAAUUAAAAGAAACUUAAUAAAAAUAAAAAGAAAAAGAAAAAUAAAUGGAUGAAGAAUAUAAAAAAUUAGAAUAGUAUCAAAAAAAACUUAGGGAGAAAUUGUUUAUGAAAAUUGUAAAAGAUAGUGAAGAAAGAAUAGAAAUAGAAAAAAUUGCAAAUAAUAAAAUAAAAGACUUAAUUGAAUCUUAAGAAAUUUAAUAUGUUUUUAAAGAAAAUGAAUUUAAAAUAUCUUAACUAUUUAGUUAUUUAAAAAAAUAUAAUUAUAGAGUUAUUUCACGAUAAGAUUUAAAUGAUGAAGAAAUAGAUUUUAAGACUUUUAAUUGGUUUGUUUAUAGAUUUAAUAUUUAUCCAGAAGUCAUAACUAAUGCAAAAGAUAUUUUACUAAUUUUCAGAUCUAUUACUAGGAAUAAAUAAGUUAUAGACAAUAAACCUAUAGGAGUUAAUGAAAAAGAAUUUAAAGAAGCGCUUGUAAGAUUAGCUAUAAAAGGAAAAAAAAUUUUUAAUAAGUUUUCUGAAAAAAUAGAAAAAGGCGAAAAUUUAAAUUAAUUAGAAAUGGAAAAUAUAGCCAAUAAAGAAAAUAAUAUGUAAAAAAAUAAUUAACUAGAUGACAGUAAAACUGUUAAAACUUAAAAAACUGAAGCUUUAGAAAAAAUGAAAAAUGUAAUUGAUGAUUAUGGAAAUAUAGAAGAGGCUAAGUCUUGUACUUUAGAAUCUCUUAUAUAUUAUUUAGGUCUACCUAAUGACAAAUUAGGUAUUAGUGAAGCUCUUAAAAAUGUUAUUGAAAGUAAACCUAAGCCUGAUUAACAUUUAAAAAGAGAUUUAAAUAUAAAGAUUUAAAAAGAUCCAAAAGAUUUAAUUAGAUAUAACCCUGUUUCUAGUAAAAAAAAUAAAAAUGGAUCUUUAUAUGAAAAUAAUAUUUCUAUUAUUUAAGAUAAAUAAUAAGAUUAAUUAAUUGAAGAAAAUUAAAAAGAAGAGGAUGUUAAAGAAGAAAAUUAAAAUGAUUAAAUCUAAGAAAAAACAUAAGAAAAUUGA